AUUUUUAACCCGCUAUGUUUUGACUUGAUAGGAGGAGACAGCUCUCUUGAGCUAUUUAGCUAGAGCUGCAACUUCACUUGAAGGUUCACAGACGAAUGUAUGAUACCUUUGUCUUCACCUUGUGCCUUCUAGACAGUUUGAUAGCCAUUGUACUGGCUAUAUAUCAUAUUAUUGUAUUGUCAGAUAUCCAGUUUGAUUUUGUGGCAGCUAGACAUGGCUGUGAUAAGUUAAAUAAGUCUGUGAAGCCAGAGCUAAUGUUAAAUGCAUUCAUUCCACUGAUUCUAAUGCUCAGUGGCCACUGGCUUCUCAGUAUACUAUCCAGCCCUUUGGCAAUAUAUCUCUGCUAUAGAUAUUUUAAUCUUCGAAGUUCAUUCAUUGGCCUUUAUGAUGCCACUGUCAUUAGAAAUGGCAAUCAACUAAUAAAUUUUCAGAAAGAAUCGUUUGUCAAGAUCGGGUAUCAUCUAAUUAUUUUCUUUGCCUCGUUAUACUAUAUAUUUCAUGUACCUUGUCUUGAGAUCAGAUCAGCAUCUAUUAUAGGACAACCCAGUCGCUCCAGUUGUCUUGAUACUGUCGAUUUCCCGCUUGCAAUACCACCUCUGUCUCCAUUUUUUCACAUUUUCAUCAUGUUUGGUGCUGAUUUCUACGUUUUUCUUCUCGUUAUGCUCGUAUCCAUAGGCCUCCUCUUUAUGAUGGUUUGGCAUUUGAUAAUGGUAGAUGAACUAAAGAAUGACUAUCGUAAUCCUGUAGACUUUGCUUCUAAUCAAAACAUGUUGGUGUUUCCUGAAUAUGGAUUACAUUUAUUCAUCGUGUUACUCUUACUCAUGUUUGGAUACUGGUUCACAUUUAUGUGGAACGUCCCUCUACUCGCUUACCAUAUAUGGAGGUUUGUUAAGCGUCCCAGUGCUAGUGGGUAUGGUCUCUACGAUCCAACAAUCGUCAUGAACAGGGACAACCUAAUCUUUUAUAACAGAGAAGGAUUCAUCAAGCUUGGAUACUAUGUCCUUUCUUUUCUCAUCUACCUUUACAACAUGAUGGUGGCUUUGGUUGUUGCUCUGACAUAAAAUGGGGACACUUUUUGUGUACAUGUGAAUGAUGAAAUGGUACCGAAGUGAAAUUAUAGUUUUCAAAAAUUUUAUUGAAAUGA